GAGGCGAUGGGGCCCCAGGUGGGCACAGGGGCUCUGUUCAGUGCCCGUGGGGGUCUCCCCUUUCCCUUCCCUUUCAUUUGGGACAGGAAAGGCUCCAGCUCUGUCUCCCUGCCCUGUGCUGGGUGUUUGGGCUGGGGGCACAGGGCAGUGUUUGGUGGAGGCUGUUCCUGAUCGGGGUGGGUGCUCAGAUCGGGGGCACAGGGCAGUGUUUGGUGGAGGCAGUUCCUGAUUGGGGUGGGUGCUCAGAUCGGGGGCACAGGGCAGUGUUUGGUGGAGGCUGUUCCUUGCUCAGGCUUUGUUUCCAUCCCAGACAGUGCUGGCUGUGCAGGGAUGCUCAGGGACGGUGCUGGACCCACAUUCCCUCUGGGAGAUCCCUCCCUGUGAACAAUGAAGAUCCUGGACCCGGGCUAACUCCUGCAAACCCUCCUGGAUCUGGAGCAGAUGCUGAGCUUCUCCAGAGGGAAUUUCUCCAGUCACACACAGCUCCUGCCUGGCAGCAGAGGAAGCUCCCAACCCUUGUGUGCCCGAGAGCCGAGCCAUGCUGGGCCGGAGGACGCGGCCGCCCCCGGAGCAGCCGUGCCAGGAGGCCGUGCCCCUGCGGACACGGGCAGCCAGGGACACUGAUGUCAGCCUGGAGGUGUUCAGUGGCUCCACACCCGAGAUCAAAGCGAGCCGCAGCAGAGCCCAGCAGAUGAGAGACAGGAAAGGGCGCAAGGCCGAGCUCAAAGACUCCAACGGCCGCGAGGCAGAGAGCAUCACCUUCAUCUCUGGCACGGCAGAGGCUCCCCCAAACCAGAGCUUUUGCUGCUCCUCUCUGUCCCAGGCCUGGAACACGUACAAGGCUGUUUUCUGUUGUAUAGUGACGUGUGGGGGCUGCUUCCAGGACUGCAGUGUGUGCAUUCCCCAUGCGGGGCCUGCCGAGACCUCCACGGAUGAUGGCAAGAACGGAGACUACAACGGGAGGCUCCCMAACAGCCCCAUCAGCACCUCUCCUGCCGAGAAGAACGGCAACCCCAUCAAAAAAUCCAGCAUGGGCAGCAGCUUCAGUUACCCCGAUGUGAAGCUGAAGGGCAUCCCUGUUUACCCCAACAGGAGCCCCAACCACCACGUGGAAUCGGAUUCCUGCUGCAAGGAGCUGCUGGAGAAGCCCUUCAGGAACAGCAUGGAAAAGCCACCACUCCCCAGCAGCCACCGCAGCUCGGAGGAGUAUUAUUCCUUCCACGAGUCCGACGUGGACAUCAGCGAGCUCAACGGCUCCAUGUCCAGCAGGCAGAUCGACGUGCUGAUCUUCAAGAAGCUGACGGAGCUGUUCAGCGUGCACCAGAUCGACGAGCUGGCCAAGUGCACCUCAGACACCGUWUUCCUGGAGAAAACCAACAAGAUCUCGGACCUGAUCAACAGCAUCACUCAGGACUACAACCUGGAUGAGCAGGAUGCUGAGUGCAGGCUGGUGCGGGGCAUCAUCCGCAUCAGCACCCGCAAGAGCAGGGUCCGGCCCCACAUCUCCAUCCAGCCCAGCCAGAGCCACCAGGAGAAAUCCAGCCGGGCCACCGCGCCCGACAGCGGCAACGAGACCAUGCUGGAGACCGUGGUCACCAGCCAGGACGAACUGGCCGUGCAGAUAUCGGAGGAGACGCCGGCAGAUGUGCUGGCCAGGAACAUGAGGAGGCACAGCAGUGCAGGCUCUCCAGCAAGCAGAGAUUCCUCUUUCCAGGACACAGAGACUGACUCUUCGGGGGCCCCUCUGCUCCAGGUGUACUGUUAAAACCUGGGAGCAGGGAGCAUCCCGGGCUUUGCUGCAGCCACAGUGCUCCUCCUUCAUAUGGAGUGUGCUGUGCCAUGGGCUUGUUYUCUCCACAGUCUCCCCUGAUCCUUUUUGAAGCCAAAUUCCUCCUGCUGAGUAUUUCACUGGAUAUUUUGGUUUUUAUGGACAAUCAAGGAAGCAAACUGCGGAGCUGAUGAACACAGGAGGUGGAAUGUGUGCCCAGGGAGGAGAAGAUGGACAAGGAAGUAGCAGAUGAUUUGUGCCUCUGUGGUUUCUGUAAAUCCCAUUUAGCUCCAGAAGCUCAGUGGCUCAGCCCUUUCCCUGCUUUGGGGAUCUGUUGGACAGUUCCUGCUCCUGCAUUGCCUCAGUGACCUCGGGUAGGGGAUGAGUGCCCGGUGUCUGUGCUGGUGCUGGUGCUGAGCUGCAGGCUGACAUCCUGCUCCCUGGGGACCCCAAGCUCUGUUUAAAGGGACCCCAAUCUCUAAAGGGACCCCAAUCUCUGUUUAAAGGGACCCCAAUCUCUAUUUAAAGUGCUGGCUUGGUCCCACACACCCAAAAUCUUCUACCCAUGGUGUUUUCAGUAGCCAGAUCUGCCUUUCCCUGCUGUCCCUUGGUGUCAUCUCCUGCUGCCUUGUGAGAAGGUUCAGGUUUAUGGGUUCAUUUAAUUUUUGGUCUCUUGGCUCAUUUGCUGAGCCAGUGCCAGUUGUGGGGGUGGGAUGGCUGCACAGCUGCCCCUGUGCCCCUGAGCAGACCAUGGGCAUCAGCUCUGCCAAGCCCUCUGUUUGCCCUGGGAGAGCCUGGAACCAGGAUUGUGGCAGGUGAGGGAAAUGCUUGAUUCACUCCUAACUUUUUGUACUUCAGACCUGGGCUGUUUGACUGUUCUGCUGGAAAAUCCUUUAAAAGUGGUUUCCUUGGAAAGAAAAGGCAUCUGCAGAGGGUUUGUGAGGCACUGCAGGUCCUUUCCUUUCCUUUCCAGCAGGAGAUGGGGCAGUGCCAUCCCAGGGCACGGUGCCAGGUGACCUUGAGGGCUGCAGCAGGAGGAAGCUGCAUCUGUGCAGUUGCCACUUGGUUGUUUAUCACAAAGUAAACACGUGAAGCCAUGGGACUUGUUUGUACAUUUGGGUGCCCUUGGACGUGAAUAGAAAACACUCUGUUGAAUUUACCAGUCACAGGAUAAACACACCCACUGGAUUUUGGGGAGAGGGAAACCCAAACAGGUCCCAGGCUUUGGUGGGGAUCAUGGUUUUGUGCCUCAGUUGGACUGGGAUGUGCCUUAUUUGGAUUGAAAUGUGCCUUAAUUGAGCUGAAAUGUGCCUUAAUUGARCUGAAAUGUGCYUUAAUUGAACUGAAAUGCGCUUUAGCUGAAUUGAAAUGUGCCUUUAUUUUCAGCCUGUGACUGCUCUUCAGAGGUUUGGGAAAGGGGGGAAGGAUUUCAUUUCUCUCAAGGGCUUCUUUAAAAGGCCAAACCCCUUUGAAAUGGACAGUUCAGUCCUGGUAGAGCCUGGCUUUGUAAAGCACUGGCUUUUUUUCAGAGGUGCUUCCAGAAAUCAGGGACAUUACUGAGACCACACCUGGAGAUGCUGACAGAGAUAUUUUGAAGAUAAAGGGAAGAGGUUGAGCCUUGGAUUUGGCUUCCCCUCCCUGCUCUGUGUUUAAAGCUGUUGGCUUUUGAGAAAUGGAGUUUACACAAGGAAAGGACUUGAAGCAAGGCCAGGCUGGGACUCCCAGGGGAGCUGUGUGAGGUCACCUCCUUUUGAGAGGGACCYGCUUGGCUUCUGCUUCUGCUUCUCCGUGGGUUUGUCCUUUGUUGUUUGGACAAUUCCUCAGAGCACUCAGGUGUCCCCUGGGUCACACUGACACAGCUCUGGGGCUGUGCUUUGCAGACAAAGCCUGAGCUGGACUGGCAAAGAGCUGCAGUCUCUGCUCCAGAGCAAAUCCACAUUUUUCAUGUCUGGGUAUGAAGAGUGAGCGUGUGCAGAUUAAACUGAACAAGCAAAGCCCCAAAYCCCCAAACCUCACUAAGAGGAAAGCUCUCAACUCGAUGGUCCCCAAAGCUGGUUCACCUGUGGUGUCUUAUGGGAUUCUUUUGCACUCAUUGGCCUUAAAUGUUCUGGUUUGGUGUUUUUUAUAAAAUAAAAGUUGUGCUCUUUA